AUGGCCUCCCCCACGAAGAGGCGCAAAAUCACCCCAUCACCAGAAAACCAACCCACCCCAACAGUGACUACUAAAGACACCACAUCACCAGCCGAUGCAGCCUCAGCCGAUGUGAACUCGGUCAACACCGUGUCGCCCCAAAACGGAACCGAUCCUUCAUCGAAACAAGACACCCAAACCUCCUCCGCAGACCGCCUGGCCCGCUUCAAAGCCCUCCGCGCCCGCGCCACCGCCUCAACACGCUCCAACCUUCAAGCCGCGCAGGACGAAGCCUCCCGCUCCGGCGUCGACCCGACCCUCCUCGCCUCACUAUCUCGUCGGGCGGACAUAGCUCGCCAUAAGUUACUUCAAGCCGAAACCGAGGACGCAGACGGCCCCGGCGCAUUCGAGCGCAAGCGCGCCUGGGACUACACGAUCGAAGAAUCAGAGAAAUGGGACGAGCGGAUAGCCGAGAAGAAAUCCCGAAAAGACAACAACGCCUUCCAGGACUACGGCGCCGAAGCCGGGAAGAUCUAUGAGCGGCAGAUCCGCGCACUAGAGAAAGAGGGGACGAAGGAUGGUGGGAGGGCGAAGAAGGAGUACGAUGCGAGCAAACGCGCAUUGCUCGACUCUGCGGCGCGGAAUGGGGAUUUGGAAAUCGUCGAGCUUGCAGAUGGGGAACUCGUCGCCAUCGACGCCGAUGGCCGCUUCUAUGCUACCUCUGAUAGUACGGAUUUCGUGGAGCAGAAGCCCAAGAAGGAGAAUGUAGAUCGUCUAGUCGAAGACCUGCGGAAAGCAGAGGAAGUGAGAAUGAAGAAACGAGCGCAGCGGAGAGGCGGAACCGAUGAAGGCGACGUCACAUACAUCAACGAAAAGAACAAGCAGUUCAAUCUAAAGCUGGGCCGGUUCUACGACCGAUAUACGGUGGGCAUAAGGGAGGCGUUCGAGCGCGGGACGGCGUUGUGA